AUGGCCAGUCCAAUCAUGGACACUGUGCUUGACGAGAUCGUCAGGACUGCUGUGGUCCACGAUGUCGUGACAGUACAUGAAGGGGCAAAUCAACCAGCACCCACCGCCGCAACCUCAGUAGUUGUUAAAGUCGAUGCGGUGCAAGCUCAAUCGCCGGCAAACACCGCAUCUUCUGUCGCGCCAGUAGCUGCGGAGACUUCUCCGCCAUCCACGACCGGUCUUCCGCUGACCUACCAAGCUAAUCUUGACACCGAGAGCGCCACAUACCAGGGACUGGUCCUGCUAAACCACAACAUCCAUCGUGCCAACCAUUCUGUCCCAGAUCUGGUGUAUAACAGCACAUUAGCUUCAUACGCUGAGCAGAUCGCCAAGACAUGCUUCUAUAAUCACAGCAAGGCCGCAGGCGACGGUAAUUACGGACAGAACAUCGGAGCUGGGAUCGAUGCUGGCAACAUCUCCGCUCUGCUCACCAACAUGCUGUACAACGAUGAGAUUGAGAACUACCCCCUGCCGUACGGCCAAGAUGUCCCAGACGGCUCACAGUUUGAGCAGUGGGGCCACUUCAGUCAAAUGGUGUGGAGCGAUACAACCUCCGUUGGCUGCUAUACUUAUGAUUGCUCCCCUGCCGGUCAACCUACCACGCAAGACUGCAAUGCGAAUGGCCAACCAUAUCUAGCGAAUACGAAUUGUGGCCCUGAUGGUGGUACUCCCGCUGUCUUCACCGUCUGCAAUUACUAUCCCGCAGGCAACGUCGAUGGGGAAUAUGAGGCUGUGAAAGCACCGUUGGGCCAUGGCAUUGUGCAGAUGACAGAAAAUGGACUUGCGGGACCAGAUCUUUAG